AUGGAUACCAAAGACCUCAAGGAAUCAGGCCUGCAGUACAUACAAUACGAGCCGGCAAAGGAAGAGCAAUACCUGCCCGCCAUCCGCCAACUCAUCUCAAAGGACCUCUCGGAGCCAUACAGCAUCUAUGUGUACCGCUAUUUCCUGUAUCAAUGGGGCGAUCUUUGCUACAUGGCGCUUUCCCCCACCAAUUCCUUGAUCGGCGUCAUAAUAUGCAAACUCGAACCGCACCGGUCAGGAACCUAUCGCGGUUACGUCGCAAUGCUCGCAACGCAGGAGGAAUAUCGGGGCCGCGGCAUAGCUACUCAACUCGUCCGGUUGGCCGUGGACGCCAUGACGGCUCGCGACGCCGAUGAGAUAGUCUUGGAGACGGAAGUAUCGAACACGGCAAGUCUGAAGCUGUAUGAAAGACUAGGCUUCAUCAGAAGCAAGAGGCUGCAUCGGUACUACCUGAACGGCAAUGCAGCAUUUCGAUUGAUCCUCUACUUGAAGGAGGGAACAGCCCUGAAGAGACCAGAACACGCCGAGCACGGCGACAUGGGUGGCAUACAUGGCAUCAAGAGACCAGAUGACGCAGAACUUUAUUCGUAA